AUGCGUUCCCAACUCUCCUCCAUCUUGGCUCUGGCCGCCCCUCUCUUAUCCGCCGUCUCGGCCGCCAAUCCGUCCGUGGUCGUGGUGCCCGGUGCGUGGCAGAUCGACCCGACGUGGGAGGACUUCAUGGCCCUCCUGACGGACGCGGGGUACCCGACCUCCAAGGUGACGCUGCCAAGUGUUGGCAUUUCGGAGACCGGCGGCCUCGCCGCUGAUGUCGAUGCCACGGCCGCCAUUCUGGACCCGCUUCUUGAUGCCGGCAAGGACGUCGUCCUACUGGCCCACUCGCUCGGUGGGCUCAUUGCGGGUAAUGCGGUCCAGGGCCGAGACUACGCCACUCGCCAGGCGGCUGGAAAGACUGGAGGUGUCAUCCAGACCAUCUACCUCGCGGCUUUCAUGUGCCCUGAGGGUGUCUCGCUUUUCAACAUGCUCGGAAACGAGUGGUUCUCCUGGAUGAACGUCACCGAUUCCAAAGUCUACGCGAGUGCAGAUGAGAUCAUCGAUGUCGGCUUCAACGACAUGACCCUUGCCGAGGCCGAGAAGUGGGCAUCGUACACGACCUGGACCUCGGAGAAGGUCUUCACCGACGCGUCGCUGUACUCGCCAUGGGCAGACAACGUCACCGAGGCUUACAUCCACACCCUGCUCGACGGUGCCCUUCCCUACGCUGCCCAGCUGCAGAUGGAGGCUCUGCUCCCCGAGGGCUCGGCAGUGUACAACAUCAACUCCAGCCAUGUUGCUUUCUUGAGUCAGCCGGAUACCCUGCUGUCUCUUAUUGAGGACGCAAUUGCUGUUGGUGUCGCUGCGCAUGCUUAA